AGAGGGAGGGAGGGAGGAAGGAAGGAAGGAAGGAAGGAAGGAAGGAAGGAAGGAAGGAAAGAGGGAAGGAAGGAGUUUAAAACAAUUAAAAGCAGCCAAGCAAUGGUGGCCAAACAGCGGAUCCGGAUGGCUAACAAGAAGCACAGCAAAAACAUCACACAGAGAGGGAACGUAGCCAAAACCCUGAGACCACAAGAAGAGAAAUACCCUGUGGGCCCGUGGCUGCUGGCACUGUUUGUUUUUGUUGUCUGUGGAUCAGCUAUAUUUCAGAUCAUCCAGAGUAUAAGGAUGGGGAUGUGAGGCGGCAGACUUGAUCUCCCUUCCUCCAUCAGGAGGGUGAACUGGAUGAGCAUGAAACAGACACAAAAAAACAAAAGCCACGUGGGACCACGCCCUGCACGCAUCAUCAAGGAUGCCAAACCAAACUACCUCUUUAUGUGACAUCUCGGUGCUUGCGUGUUUUCAACAGGAAAGGAAAGGAUGUUCUCUCUACUGGCUGGACGGGCUGUCCCAGCCUUGGGAAAAAGCCACCCUGCCCUGCAUUGGUGUCAUUUCCCGUUUUCUCAUCAGUGUGUAACGCUGGGACCAAUCCACUGGUGUACCUUUGAGGUGUGUCAUCUGUGGUGUGCUGGGAAUUGAUUUUAAAAAUAAAUGCCAGUGCUCACCCUUACACUAUUUGUUGGUUAUAGUCAGAAAGUCACACUUAAGAAAAUAUGGGCAGACUCUACUGACAUUAAUUGAGAAGCAGUGGAGAGGAAAAAAGCACCAGGCAAAACAAUAUUGUUAUUAGGGACUGAGUUCUAGAGGAGCAGUGUGAUAAAGGGGCCAUCAGCCAGAACAGCAUUAAAGUAGGAAUUAGUGUCACCAUAGCAGGAUUGAGGUUAUAAGUUUUAAUAGCGCUCUUGGGAUAGGAUAUUGGUGGGGAUAGUGUGAAGCACACCUCUAUCCAGUCAUAAGAAAAACAAACAGAAGAGCUCAGAAGGUUUCUGCAGGAAGCAUUGGGAUUAUUUUGUUGGAAGACAGUUGUAUGGUAGAGUAACAAUGUAUAAUAACACCUGGGUUAAAAUACCAAUUCUACUGUCUUCUACUUGUGUUAUUAUGGACAAGUCAUUUUAUCAAUCUGGGGCUCAGUUUCUCCCUGCAAGGAAUGGAUUAAAUAAUUGCUAAGGGCCCUUCCAUCAUAUCUAUAUCCCGUCGCCUGGGGAUUCAAGUUGGACAGUACCAACUGGACUUUGAAAAACACUUAGAGGCUUAGCCAGGAGUUCCCCACUGUCAGGCCCAACAAGCUUCAGUACGCACCACUUUUCAUCUUCAUUUCCUUUUUCUGGUGGUGAUGCUUUUAGUCCAUACAACUAACAUCUGUGAGAAUCCACAGAAAACUAUAAAGCAUAAUGCACAUGUAUUUUGCACCCAAGAUGAAUCAGAAAACAUCAGGGACCUUAGAGACCAGAUAAGCCAAGCCCAUCAUCUUGAUAAUUAAGAAACUGAGGUUGGGGGCAGCUAGGUGGCGCAGUGGAUAAAGCACUGCCCCUGGAUUCAGGAGGACCUGAGUUCAAAUCUGGCCUCGGAUACUUAACACUUACUAGCUGUGUGGCCCUGGGCAAGUCACUUAACCCCCAUUGCCCCGCAAAAAAAAGAAAGAAAGGAACUGAGGCAGAAAAAAGUUAAAUGCCCCCCCCACCCCCACCCCAAGUCACACAGGGAUUGAGUAAAAGAGACAACAUUUGAUCCUUGGUCUUCUGAUUGUAAAUUCAAUGUAUUUUCAUUCAUAUUGAAAUACUCCAAAUCCUCUUUCUAUAGAUGAGAAACCUGAAAAAUUAAGUGGUGAACUGAUAUCAUCUUUAUAACCACCACCACCAUCAUCAUUAUUAAAUGGAGUUGGCUAUUUCAUGCUCUAUCUCCUACCUUUGACUCUGAACAGGAAAGCCAUUUGAGCCUGAGACCUGUUCUUAGCUCCACUGUUAACUUUGUGCUCAAGAAAAGUUGUGGUAUAGUGACAACACAGCUGAAUUUGGGCCUAGAGAACCCAGUGCUAUGACUUACUACCUAGAGGCAGUUAAGGGUCAUGUUAGAGACAAUGCUAGACCUGGAAUGAGGAAGACCUAAGUUCAAGGUCUGCCUCAGAAAUUUACCAGCUAUAUGACCCUGGGCAAAUCACUUUGACUUCUCUCAACCUCAGUGUCUUCAUUUGCAAAAUGGUGAUAAUAGUCUCAACUUCACGGUCUUAUUUGUGAAGAUCUGUGUGCAUCAAGCGCUUUGCAAACCUUAAUGCACUACAUAAAAGUUAGCUAACUCCCUGGGCCUUGAUUUCCUUAUUUGUAAAAAUGAGGGAGAUAGCUUAGAGGACCUCUAAGGUCCCUUUCAGCUCUGAAUGUAUGAUCCUCAUUGAGCAAGUCAAAUGAUAUAGGGCCAUUUUGUCAAAUGAGAUGUUGUUCGUCCUUAGUUUUUGAAGAGGACCAGUGACAUCACGGGAUGAUAUCUUGACUCCAGUAUGAAGUGAAUUUAAGUGAGGCAGAGUUGCUCAAAGUCGUCAGCCUCACUCUCUCUCCCGGAGUCAUAGAAUCCAGUGGCAGGACAAAAGUCAGGAUGACUGCUGAUAGCCCGGGAUGAGAUGGAUGACCUUAGUGUCUCUGAUGUCGGACCAAGCUCUAUUAAACGAGAUAACCUCGGUGCAGAGGGACGGGGUUCACCCAGAGACCUUUUGAUCAACUCGAUGAGACCACAAAGCAUAAAUAAGCCUUUGUAGGCAUGCAUUUGGGGGCAGUGAUCCGUGGAGCAUGGGCAUGGCUACUGUCACCUUACUCAGAGAAUAUGUGGCACUCCUGAUUGACUGGGACUCUGUAAGGACCAACUCUUGUCAAAGCAACUGUGGUCUAUAAAAAGUGACUCACAGACCAGCUCUCGUUCUCUUUUGGAUUCCUUCACUCUUUUCCCUUCACCCUUUCUGCCAAAAGGGUGGAAAAGGGAUUAUUCCCUUCUCUUUUCCCUUCCCCUCUCCAACCCAAUAACUCCUGGCAACUUGCUUCAGAUGUGAACGGCAUCUCAGUGGCCUGAGAGGAGAAUUCAUGGACCAUCUCUCUGACCCCCAACUUCCUGUGCAGAGGAAGUAGAUGUUUUCAGCUCCUGGGCACCAUGAUCUCAGAAUCUAGAGGCUUCUAGCUGCUGAAGAAGGACUUAUUGGGUAGUGCCAGAUUUGGGGACUGACCUUUGAGUGAGUGACCCCAAGUUCAAGAGUUCCUAAAUUCAAGAAUUUAGACAAUAGCCUUCUAGACUAGAGGGAAAAGAUUUUUUUCAACAGCAUGCUUCAUGGAGAAAAAAGAGAACAUCUACAGAGUUUCUGAGUGGUCCUAUUUGGAUAAUAAAAGCCAGUGAGUUAUUUGGACAGAGCAAAAAAGGGACUUCCCAUCGAGAAACCCCCAAAGUAUGUCUGAACCUUAAGGGUUGGGGGAGCUGUAUAGGCUGAGGAAAGGAGGGACUCACCAGAGCACCUCCAGUUGGAGAGAACUGAUGGACUACUAGAGAGAUGUAUAUGUUUUCUGUAACUGUUGAUGGGCUCCCAUGAAUCUUUUGCACCUUCUACAUUCUCUGUGGGGUAAAAUAAAG